UGAGAGUCACGUGACUUACAGAGUAUUUCCCUUUCCUUUCUGUCGAUCACAUCCAACACUAAACACACGUUUCUGUGAAUCAAUUGAUUAUCACAUCAAUCCAUACCAUCGAUGGCUGUGAAAGUGAAGAGUGCGGUCAAACCGACCACCAAAGGCAAAGGUGGUAAGAGGAAGAAGUUGCAGCUGAAGUUCACGUUAGACUGUUCCCGACCCGUCGAGGACGGCAUUAUGAACGCAUCCGACUUCGAGACGUAUCUGAAGGAGCGGAUCAAAGUGAACGGCAAGACCCAGAACUUGGGCAAUGCGGUGACUGUCGAGCGUACAAAGUCUAAGAUUCAGGUGACGUCAGACAUCCCCUUCUCGAAGAGAUAUCUCAAGUAUUUGACCAAAAAAUACCUGAAGAAGAAUAAUCUGCGCGAUUGGCUGCGAGUGGUGUCCACCGCUAAAGACAUCUAUGAGUUGCGGUACUUCCAGAUCAACAAUGAAGAGGAGGACGACGAGGAAGACAAUGAGUAGACCAUUCAUUGAUCACUUGUUUCUCCCGAAGAGCUCUUCAUAUGUUUUGUAUGAUUUGGUGUUUAGUUUUUGAAAUAAAAUUUGUUUUUUGUUUCAAAAUUUGAA